AUGUCGCGGACGUAUUCGACUUCAAGGUCCUCGACUUCUUCGGACGACUCUGAUAGGGAUUAUCGAGUACUGGAUCAUUACAAUACUCAGGCACCAGACGGAACAAUACCAGCAACCCUGGCUAUCUCAACCUCCCAAUAUACAUCGCAGGCCUCGGAGCCUUCGAUAGCUUCGACAGUCACUAGUCCUGAGCAACGACCCUCUCGACUUUUGGAUGUUAGCAACAUCUUGAAUCCUACGCCUCAAAGGUCAGCUCAACAUUCCAGAGCAACAAGCCUUGCACAUUUCGGAUCUCCACGGGCAUCUACGCCCACGAUCCAUCAUGGAACGCAACGGUCUUUACCGCCAUCUCCUAUAGAUUUAUCCCAUUCGGGAGAUGCGUCCCGAGGGGGUAGUAGUUUUCCUCGCCGAAUAGCACCCGGUCCACCGUCAGCACAACACAGACAUUCCACACGGCAUAGUCUAUCUGGAAUAAUUAGUGCUCAAGAGAAUCCUUUUCCUCUAGGGACUCCCCGAAGGCCUGCAGGGUAUGCAUCGGAUGCCCACUCAUCAGCUGCAGCCCCUCCCCCACCGCAUUUGCCAGCACCGCCAUCUGGCCAUCAAUCUCCCGCUUUCCCUUUCCCUAGCGUACCCACCUCCAUGCAGUAUGCCCCAAGUAGCUUUUCGACUCCUCUGUCUUCAGCAAGUGCCAGCCCAAAUACGUCUUACUCAACUUACGUGCAAUCUGCCCAAUCACCGCUCCCUCCAUCAACACCAACCUUCAACCACCCGGGAUAUUCGCUUGGCCACCCAAGCACUCCUAUCAACAACCCAUACCCCUUAUCACUAUCAACGCACGGACCCCAUGGCGGGUAUCCAAUGAUGUCCUUGAACACGGCUCAUGGGGCCAUCCAAAUACCUAUAGACACAACGGCGGCGUCAAAAAGCGCCGAUGAGAAGCGUAAACGAAAUGCUGGCGCUUCCGCAAGAUUUCGUCAACGUAGAAAGGAACGUGAACGUGAAAUGUCGACCAGAAUCAGCGAUUUGGAGCAGCGCGUCAAGAAAGUAGAGGAGGAACGAGACUACUAUCGAGACCUGGCGUUGAGGUUGCAACGGGGUGGUGGACGACCACAACAGGGGCAACCACAAUCCUUGUCACCAUCGCGGAUUGGAAUGGCAAUGGGACCCGGUGACAGCGGAUUUGGCGGGUUCAGACCGAGCGAAAUUUCGCGUCCAAGUUCCAGCAUGCGGGAUUUUGGGUCACCAAUGACUGGUAUUGAAGUGAGCGGUGACCAUGGGCAAGGUAGCAGGAGUGGUCAUCCAGGACAUCCGGGAACACCGAGGAUGAGACAACCAAUGGACAGCGGCGCUGGCAGUGCAUUGAAACGAGAGACUGAAAUGUAUGACCGGGAACAUCGCGGGGCUGGGGGUAGUGAUCAGCGACAUCACUAG